UGUCCUCCAGAGAAGAAAAACUGUCUGACAAGCCUAGAUCAGGGCAUAACAUGCUGUGUGACAGCCAACCGUUGGGCAGAUUCGGGUUGAUUUCGCGGGACUUCUGCCACGCGCAUGCGCGGUGUAUUGAGUUUGGCGCGCGGUACAACACAAGGAAAUCUACAGAACUGCGUGUGGUUGUCACGGCUGCUACACAGUGUGAAUAACAUUUCUGAUACGUCUUUAUUUACUUAAUAUCAAGGAGCCAACAUGUGGAAUCAGGGGGGGCACAGUGAGAGUAUGGGCGGAGGUUACACUCAGUCUCCAGGAGGCUUUGCAUCACCUGCCCUAUCCCAGGGAGGAGAGAAGAAAGGGAGAACCCGUGCCACACAGAUAAUCCCCUGCACGGUGUCUCAGAUGAUGUCUGCUUCCCAGGCUGAUGAAGCCUUCAAAGUAGGAGAUGUGGAAGUGUCCCAGGUUACCAUUUUGGGUAUCAUCAGGAGCACAGACAAAUCCAUGACGAACAUCCAGUACAAGGUCGACGACAUGACGGCUGCUCCCAUGGAUGUGAAGCAGUGGGUAGACACAGAGGAUCCCAGUGUGGACAGCACCGUUCUGCCUCCAGGCACGUAUGUCAAAGUUUCUGGCAAUCUGCGCUCCUUUCAGAACCACCGAUCUAUUGUGGCAUUCAGCGUCAGGCCCAUUGAGGACAUGAAUGAGAUCACCUCACACAUGCUGGAGGUUGUCCAAGCACACAUGGCACUCAGCAAAUCCCAGACCAUGACGGGUGCCGGAGGAGGAAUGCGCAGUGACAUCACGCCCGUGUCGCGCCCGGGCAACCUGGGAAACACAGGAAGUAUGCGAGGGGGGUAUGCGGGUGCUGCCGACGUGACUAACAAUGGGUUAAGCGCAAACCAGAAUCAGGUUCUGAGUUUAAUAAGAGGCUGCCCAGACCCGCAGGGGAUCAGCAUUCAGGACUUAAAGCAGAGACUCAAUGUCAUGAGUCUGGCUGUCAUAAAGCAAGCAGUGGAAUUCCUAAGCAACGAAGGUCACAUCUUCUCCACCAUCGACGAAGAUCACUACAAAUCAACAGACAAUGAUGAUUAGAUUGCUUUGAUUUGGCACCAAUUAUUUGAGUUUAACCCGAUAGAAUUCAUUCGGUUUUUAUAACUCAUAGCUAACAACUAAAUCACAAUAAUGACAGUGACAAUAAUGACAGUGAAAUUCUAAGAAUCCUUCUCUGUUAAGGUACUGUGGUGUGUGUUAGUUGUAGAACACAUGGUUUAGGUUUGGUGAGACUUUUCGGUUUACACAUCUGUCUUCCUGAGGUUGCUACUGCUACUUUGCAAGUCCCAAAGGUGUUGCUGUUGAAGAAGCCGUUGUUAACAGUUAAUACUCUUAUUCUAUAUUUUCCACCUCCAUUGUAAAGCAUUUUUGUAAUUUUAAAGAUUUGGAUAGCAAGUACUUGUACCUAAUUUACUUUUGCCAAAAUUAAAGACUAUACAAAAUA